GCUUUUCCACUCUCAACUCAUGACAAAUAUCUUCUCAAAACCGCUUAGAAAACUUAGUAAACAGACCAUUGAGUGACGAACAUAAGGAGUAUGUCGGUUGUGGUCUCUGGUAGUUCUUUCUUAUUUUGGUCAAAGACUUCUCAAGUACAUGGCCAUCUGAAUUUCAACAAACCCAUGCCAAGAUGGAGGAAGAACUUGGCUGUAAUAAGAUGUUGUAAUAGAGGAACAUGGGAUACACCAACAGCUCAAAAUAAUUACUAUGAGUUGCUUGGAGUUUCUGUUGAUUCAAAUGCCCAUGAAAUCAAAGAAGCUUACCGGAAGCUGCAAAAGAAGUAUCAUCCGGAUAUUUUUGGCCAAAAGGGUCAUGAGUAUACUCUAAUGCUAAAUAAGGCUUACGAAGUGCUGAUGACAGAAGAUCUAAGGAGAAAAUAUGAUGAAUCCAUAGGUCAGAUGAGGCUAAGAUUUGGGGAAAAUAACACCUCAUUGGGUUACAGCACUUGGAAAGGACCCUUAAGGCCUCAAGCCUUAUUUGUUGAUGAAAAUGCAUGUAUAGGAUGCAGAGAAUGCGUGCAUCAUGCAAGUCAUACAUUCACCAUGGAUGAAGCUCAUGGAUGUGCGAGGGUUAAAGUUCAAUAUGGAGACAACGACCAAAGUAUUGAGGUGUCAGUUGAGUCAUGCCCUGUGAAUUGCAUACAUUGGGUGGAGAGAGAAGAAUUGGCGGUGCUUGAGUUCCUGAUCCAGCCUCAGCCAAAGGAUGGGUAUGGUGUGUUUGGAGGAGGUUGGGAAAAGCCUGCAAAUGUGUUCACUGCAGCCAAGUCUUUCAACAAACAACUCAAGAGGAAGGCUGCAACUAGACCCAAUCAAAGUCCCGGAGGGACUGUUGAAGAAAGCCCUGCUCAAGCUGAAGCUCGAGCUCGUGCUGAUAUGAAGAUAAAGAUGGAGAGUUUCUUGAAAAUUUGGAAUUGGGUCAAACAAACCUUGGGCAUGAAUAUUAACUAGGGUAAAAUCUGGAUAAAUUUGUAGAAGAAAAUUGCAAAAAAAUAAGAAUAGAUUAGAGUGAUGCAGUUGAAGCAGAAAGUUUAUACAAAUUCGAACAUAGAAUGACGUGUCUUCUUGAGAUAAGGAAACAAGGUUAAGUGGAACUACUAAUGUAGCUCUUACAGUUACAACUGUUUUAAGUUUCAAAUCUAAAAUUAAUGAAUUCAUGGUUAGUGUGAUUUAGUUCUA